AUCUAUGGAUUGCAUUGAAUCACAAACAACACAAACGAGUGAUUCAGUGAUUCAGCACUUCAUCUGUUGUCGACUGUGUUUGUCAUUCAAGAAGAAGUACUUAUUAUUUAAAGACAUUAACAAUGGUUUUGGAGAGUACUAUCAUUUGUGUGGACAACAGUGAGUUCAUGAGAAAUGGUGACUUUGUUCCCACCAGACUUCAGGCACAACAGGACGCAGUGUCGAUGGUUUGCCACUCGAAGACCCGCUCUAAUCCCGAAAACAAUGUUGGAUUGUUGACUAUGGCGGCAAACCCACAAGUGUUGACCACUUUGACCACUGAUGUCGGUCGCAUAUUAUCUAAACUUCAUGCCGUCGAACCUUUGGGUGAGAUUAAUCUCAUGACAGGCAUUCGUGUGGCACAUCUGGCACUUAAACACAGACAGGGAAAGAACCAUAAGAUGCGAAUCGUUGUAUUUGUUGGCAGUCCUGUCGAUGCCGACGAAAAAGAGUUAAUAAAGUUAGCUAAACGUCUCAAGAAAGAGAAAGUUAAUGUCGAUGUCGUCAACUUUGGUGAAGAGGCCGUUAAUACGGAAAAGUUGGCCGCUUUUAUCAAAGCUCUUGAAGGAACGGCUUCACAUUUGGUGACUGUUCCGCCGGGACCUCAUCUUUCCGAUGCACUCAUUAGUUCACCAGUAAUUCAAGGCGAGGACGGAAGUGGAGCCGUUGGUAUUGGCUCUUCGGGCUUUGAAUUCGGUAUUGAUCCUAAUGAAGACCCAGAAUUGGCGCUCGCAUUGAGAGUUUCAAUGGAAGAGCAAAGGGCGAGACAAGAAGAGGAGGCCCGUCGUGUUGUGACUAAUACUGGAGAAGAAGUUACUGCCAGUUCUAGUAGUGGUGCGGGAAUACCUUCUGGAGACACUUCUGAGGCCCUUCUUGAGAAAGCUCUGGCUAUGUCUUUGGAAACGGAUGACCAUCAGAUGAGUGCUAGCAAUGACACGCCAUCAAUGCCUGACUUUGCAACGAUGACUGAAGAGGAACAGAUUGCUUACGCCAUGCAAAUGUCUCUUCAAUCGGCACAGGAAUCGAGUAACAAACCCAUCGAUUCUCCCGUUCCGAUGGAGACCGACGAUACCGAUGACAAGAAAGAAGAUAAACAAUGAUUAAACAUUGGGUUAUGGAUGUCAACUGAAUACUGUUUAUAAUAACUUUUUAUUCAUAUAUUUUAAUGUAUGAUUAGUAAUAAAAAAUUAUUCAUUUUUUUCUAAAUAAAAACUUUUAU